ACGUCUCUGCGCUGAAGAAGAACGACAGCCUCCUUCAGCAUCAGCACCACUGACAGCUCCACCACAGACGCUUCAUCCCCAUCUUCUCUGCCCACUGCGGAACAUCGGGCCGUUUCAGAACCAUGGACAACACCGGCAAAGAGAAGGAGGCCAUGCAGCUGAUGGCGGAGGCCGACAAGAAGGUCAAAGCGUCGGGAUCGUUCCUGGGAGGGAUGUUCGGGGGGAACCAUAAGGUGGAGGAUGCAUGUGAAAUGUACGCGAGAGCCGCCAACAUGUUUAAGAUGGCGAAGAACUGGAGUGCUGCAGGGAAUGCCUUCUGUCAGGCCGCCCGGCUCCACAUGCAGCUUCAGAACAAACUGGACUCCGCCACCAGCUUUGUCGAUGCAGGAAACGCCUACAAGAAGGCCGACCCGCAGGAGGCCAUCAACUGUCUAAACCAGGCCAUUGACAUCUACACUGACAUGGGUCGGUUCACCAUCGCAGCCAAACAUCACAUCACCAUAGCAGAGGUUUAUGAGUCAGAGUUGGUGGAUAUUGACAAGGCCAUCGCUCACUAUGAGCAAGCAGCAGAUUACUACAAGGGGGAGGAGUCCAACAGCUCAGCCAACAAAUGUCUCCUGAAGGUCGGACACUACAGCGCUCAGCUGGAACAGUAUCAGAAAGCCAUCGAGAUCUACGAACAGGUUGCCAUGAGCACUAUGGACAAUCCUCUGCUGAAGUACAACGCUAAAGAGUAUUUCUUCAAAGCUUCCUUGUGCCACUUCAUUGUGGAUGAGUUAAAUGCAAAGUUGGCCAUAGAGAAGUAUGAGGAGAUGUUUCCUGCUUUCUCAGACUCCAGAGAGCUCAAACUGCUAAAGAAACUCCUGGAGGCCCAUGAGGAACAGAACAGCGAGGCGUUCACAGAGGCCGUCAAGGAGUUUGACUCGGUGUCCCGUCUGGACCAGUGGCUGACCACCAUGCUGCUCCGCAUCAAAAAGACCAUCCAGGGAGACGCUGGAGACUUAAAGUAGAGGAACAUAAAGGAGCGGAGGGAGGGAGGGAGGGAGGGAUGCAGAGAGAAAAGGGGGUGAGAAAAGGGGUUUUAGGCUGGAGAAACAUAACAGAAAAAUGAAUUGGGUUUAGUACGCGGAGGAGGAGAUGAGAAAGUUUACAAAUGUACAUAUCAGUCUGCAUGUGACCCCAGUCAAACUAGCCCCCGCUUUAAGUCACUGUUAAACCCCCCUGUGUCCCCAUCCCCCCGUCCUGCACCGUAACACUGGAAAGUAUUAUACCAGAAGAGAAAAAGGUGAAAGAGAACGCGUCCGCUCCAAUAGGAUCAAAUCUACUUUUUCAUGAAGUGUGCAAAUAUAUGAAACUAAACUAUAUAGAAAUGCUAUUUAAAAAAAUUGUUCAUAUUUCUUGUCAAUACUGAAAAUAUAAUUUAAUUAUUGUGCUCAGUGUCAAAAUUUUGUCUUAAUAUUUUAGGUCUUAGCCCUUUUAAUCUCCUCCUCUGUUUUCCUAACGACUAAUUCCGUAAAAACCCAGCUCUGUGAUUGGUCAGUUCUUGUGAGGGCGGCGCUGUGAGCUAGCAGAGCCAGCUUCUGUCGCUGCUGUCAUUGUGCAUGUCUGAGUUGCUGUAAAUGUUCUGUGUUGUGCUAACAUGUAGAAAACUAUGUGUAGCCUGUUAUGUUUAUGUGAAAUCAGUAAAUAUGUACCUCAGAUAUUGAGCUGAAAUAAAACAUCAUCACUCUA